AUGAGGAUGAUGAUAUCAGAUGUAGUAGUAGGGAAUCUAAUGAGUGUGUAUUUAGGUUUAAUAGCUUCUCUUAAGCUUUUUGGUGUAUUGAGUGGGCGGAGUUUCUCAGGAAUGUUUGUGGUUUUGGUUUCUUCAGCUGCUGUUCUCUUUAUCCUCUUAUCUACUCUCUCUUGGGAUGUUUCUCGCAAAGCUUCUGCUGCUUCAUCGUCUCCUUCUUCUUCAGCAUCAUCAUCAUCAGCUCAAAAUUAUAAUCAUCAGAAUCGUGGGGCCCAUAAGUGUCGAGGAGGGAUUUGUUGGCACGGUACUGUUUCUGUUGGAUCAACUGUGUCUCAAGUCCGAUUUCGUCUUCCGCCUUACCACCACCACCAGUUACCACCACCACCACUACCUUAA